AUGUCGGACCUGGGCUCGGAGGAGUUGGAGGAGGAGGGAGAAACUGAUCUUGGGGAAUACGAAGGGGAUCGGAACGACGCAGGUGAAAGGCACGGCCACGGGCGAGCCAGGUUGCCCAACGGGGACACCUACGAGGGGAGCUACGAACACGGGAAAAGACACGGCCAGGGGGUCUACAAGUUUAAAAAUGGUGCUCGGUACAUCGGAGAGUACAUGAAAAACAAAAAACACGGUCAAGGCACCUUCAUAUACCCAGAUGGAUCAAAAUACGAAGGAGAGUGGGUGGAUGACCUGAGGCACGGCCAUGGCGUCUACUACUAUGUCAAUGGCGACACCUACACCGGAGAGUGGGUCGCCCACCAGAGGCACGGGCAGGGCACCUAUCUGUAUGCGGAGACCGGCAGCAAGUACGUGGGGACCUGGGUGAACGGACAGCAGGAGGGCGCGGCCGAGCUCAUUCACCUGAACCACAGGUACCAGGGCAAGUACUUGAACAAAAACCCGAUGGGCCCCGGGAAGUAUGUGUUUGACAUUGGAUGUGAGCAGCACGGGGAGUAUCGGGUCGCAGAUGUGGAUAGAGUGGAGGAGGAAGAGGAGGAGGAGUCGUUAACAACGGCCCUUCCAAAGUGGAAAGCCACCAAGAUCACCGAGUUGGCCUUGUGGACACCGACCCUGGCCGAGGAGCCGCAGCCUGCGGAUGUGCCCGGACAGGAGGAGCCCUUGGCGGCCGAGGUCCUGGGGGAGCCUGGGGAGGAGGCCCAGCCUCCGGCGGAUCUCUCGGAUGCGGAGGCCGAUUACGCGAGGCCCGGGGAGGAGGACGCCGAUACCUUCCGGGAGGAGAGCGGCGAGUUCGGCCGGGAGGAGUUCCGCUUUGACAACAUGGACCAGCAGGGAACUGCGGGUUUCGAAGAUGAUGACCCGAGGCAAACCGAUGCUCCAGAGUGA